AUGAAUAAAGAACAGAUUCGUGCCUAUAUUAAAGUGCGUACUGCACUUAACAUGCAGCCGAAAUCCAUCUUUGACGAUUUAUGUACAGCUUUGAGGGGCCAAGCUCCAUCUUACAAUACGGUUGUAAGAUGGUCAAAAUUAUGUCGUGAAGGUCGGGAAGAAGUUGAAGAUGAACCACGACCUGGUAGACCUGUAAUUGAGACAACAUCCGACAAUAUUGAAAAAGUUCGUCACCUUAUUGAUAAUGAUCCUUAUCAUACUAUUGAUGAAAUACAAGUCGAAACUGGGCUCAGUCACGGUACCACCCAGCGAAUUGUUUCUGACCAUCUCAAGCUGAAAAAAAUUACCACUCGCUGGAUACCCAGCCAGUUCACCGAUUCUCAACGAGCUGAAUGUGUUCGAAUAUGUCAAGAAAAUUUAGCAAAAUUUAAUCAAGGAACCUGGCGGUUAUGUGACGUAGUGACAGGCGACGAGUCAUGGUUUUAUCACAAACAACUUGGACGAAAGUCAUCCAAUGCUGCCUGGACAGCAAGUGGAAAAACUCCGCCAACUGUAGUUCGACGCAGUCAUUUCGCUCCAAAAACAUUAUAUUGUAUCUUCUUCAAGACCACCGGCCCUGUUUUAAUCCAUCAUGUGGAAAGAGGGCAAACUAUUGAUCAUGACUACUACAUCAAUAAUUGUUUACAACCCCGUGUCAACGAAAUCAAAAAGCAAAGACCGCUAUCAGGCACACAUGCAAUUAAAAUUCAUCACGAUAAUGCGAGACCCCAUGUUCAUAAAGAUGUUUCUACUUAUCUCGAAUCACAAGGCAUUAUGAAAAUGUUACAACCACCGAAUUCUCCGGACCUCGCACCGUGCGAUUUUUGGUUAUUCGACUCGAUCAAACAAAAUCUAACAGAUCAAAGAAGCUCAGUAUCAUUACAUCGUGCCGUAACCAAAGUCAUGUUUUCGAUUAACGAAGAUGAGUAUAAAAAAACUUUUGCUAAAUGGAUUGUACGGAUGAAAUUAUGUGUGUAUAACCAUGGGAACUACUUCGAACAUUUGAUGAAAUAA